GCUUUGCUGGAGAGAACUGUGCACUUCGAAUUGUCCGAGUUAUCACCAGCCUCACUUUCCAAUUCACGCCCCACGGCUCAGAUCCAAGAAGCUUGCGAGGCACGCUUUACCGACCACAAUGCUCCUUACUUCCGUUGUUAGCAUCUGCUCCCUCGCACUUUUGAGCAUGGUUUCGACUGCAGAGAUCCAGACGGUUCCUGUUCCUGCCACAAAGCUGUGAGCUGACAUGAACAUGAUGCCGCCACCGCAACAGCAAGAGCGCCACUUGGGUUUCUGGGACUGGCUCGUUGAGAGCCCCACAGCUGCUCCUGCAACCCCGACGCCAAUCACCAACACCUACGCCAACGACGACAAAGGCUUUCAGGGAUUCGACUGGACACUUGGUGGAGACAAUACGAGACAGUGAGCUCUAUGCGUCUAGUGAUGUUUCAUCUUUGCAAAACAAAUAUUCGCAGGAAACUAGAGGGUUGGGCUGGUAGUGACAAUUUUUUGUGAGACGAUACCGGUAUUGAAAACGAUUUUUGC